CGGGACUUUUCCUCCCGGAAGUGACCCAGGUGCUUCCGGCGUGGUGUACCCGUGCGCCCGGCGGCUGUGUACCGUAGCAUUUGCCCCAAGGUGGCGGCGCCCGGUGCUCUGCGCGCCGCUGCAGGCCGUGUACCAGGUGUCCUACGGUGCCGGGCUCCAUGGACCCGCUCAGGGCCCAGCAGCUGGCGGCGGAGCUGGAGGUGGAGAUGAUGGCCGACAUGUACAACAGGAUGACAAAUGCCUGCCACCGGAAGUGCGUGCCACCCCACUACAAAGAGGCAGAGCUGUCCAAGGGUGAGUCGGUGUGCCUGGACCGGUGCGUCUCCAAGUACUUGGACAUCCAUGAGCGCAUGGGCAAGAAGCUGACGGAGCUGUCCAUGCAGGAUGAGGAGCUGAUGAAGAGGGUGCAGCAGAGCUCCGGGCCUGUGUAAGGCUGGAUGUUUGCCAGGGUCAGAGGGUGUCAGCCACACUGGUAUGUGUGGCUGUAUGUGUACAUGUGUAUAUAUUAAACGCGCUGUUGAUGCCUA